AUGAGGGCGUACUUGGCGCCAAUAAUAUACCUUGCAAUUAUACCAAUAAUAAGAGCAUUUCCGAAGAUAGAUUAUGACUCCCUGGGAACUGCAUCGAUUUUUGGCUCAUUUGCUGCAAUCGACGACAUUUCAAACUCUUUCAAAUCUGCACAAAGCUAUGAUAAUAACUCUUACACCCUUUUGUCCCGGCCCAGCAAUGCUUCCGAGUGGUCUUCUCUCGGCUCUACCAACGAGUACGCGCAUAUCAACUCAGCGUGUACGAUCAAUGACUUGACAUUCGUCGGUGGUGAUUUUGAUUCAAUAAAUGGUCAGCAGUUCACAAAAUUCGCGGUUUACUCACCUCAUAAUGGCUGGAAACCUUUGGGUAGCGUGCAGGGCGUGAUCAAUGCACUUUACUGCGAUGCUUCAAAUUCACAAGUUUGGGUUGGUGGUGCAUUCGACGCAGUGGAUGAUAAUAUGGGGGCGAAUAUAGUCGUUUGGAAUGUACGCGAAGAGCAUUGGCAACCCUCUGCUGUGUAUGGUUUGAAUGGCGCCGUGAAUGCCUUUUCGGUCUCGGAUGAUCAACUGUUUAUCACGGGUAAUUUCACAUCCACAUUCAAUCAACCAGAUGUCAAGCAAUAUCCAGAAGCAUUGGAUAGAAUAGUUAAUGCACUCCAACCAGUACCUUUCGAUGACGCUGACGUUACUGGUUCAAAGGGUUCAGAUAACCCAGCAUACGCCGAUAUCAAGAAUCUCGCGUGUGUUGGCGGUAAUUCUUUUGACACCCCUGAUGGAACGAGUGGUGUCAUGUACAUAGAGUGGUUCGAUUCACACAAUGUGGCCGGAUUCCGUAUCGCGAAUACAGUUGACGAGGGUCAUGCAUUGACUGGCUUUGUCAUAACCACCAUACCAGAAAAGCAAGUCAUUCCAUUAACUUACAAUCCUGUUCACGCACCUGGAACGAACAUGACUUGCGAAAAUGAAUGCCCGAUAGCUCUCUCAGAUGAGAGAGAAUUCAACGACUAUAUCAUACCUGGUGGCUCGCGCAGACUUGGCGGGUUCGCUAUCAACAUGAUAGACUGGACCGGUGCUGGUCCAGGCUUGCGCUCGGUUGAAGUACUUGGGGCUGGCAGCGAUGCCUACGCCAUUAGUGAAUUCAAUGAGUUGCAAGAGGGCUGCUACUCUAAUGGAAAUUCCUCCAACGUUACAACUGUCGGUAAUUGGAAUUCUGUCAAUCCAUCUUCAGAAUCGUCAAACAAGGUUCUUUCAGCGUCGAUUCAAGACGUCGAUCAAAUUCCUUCUCUUACAUUCAGACCGUACGUCGGCGAGCGUGGUCUCUACGAAAUAUACAUAUCAAUUCCAGGUUGCGCUGGUCUCGAUGAUUGUGAAAGUAGAAGCGCCGUUGAUGUCGGAAUGCAGUUGACUGAAAGAGGUCAUUAUAUCAAUGACACAAUCACUGAGAUCGAUAACAGUGACUUUUCCUGGCCGAUCUUCAGGGGAAUGGUCGACGGUUCAUCAAACACCUUCGCGCCCAACAUUACCAUUAAACCAAUAAUGGCCGAAGAGGGCAAGACUAUUGCUGUGCAGAAGGUAUCAUUGCAUCUGCUCGAGAUCCUUCCAAAUGAGAUGGCGAUCGGAGGUCUGGCGUACAACUUAACCUCAGGGAACACUUUGGAUGCUAGUGCUGAUCGCGAAAUUUCAGAUCAGAACUAUCUAGAUAGAGCUCUGGUUUCUUUGUCAGACGCUAUCGGUAUUCAAUUCAAAGAGGGUGAACAAGAUCUUAACUAUAUCAAGGCAAUCGCUAGCACAGAUUCGAAUAUAUUCAUUGGAGGUAAUUUCGUCGGUUUUAAUGAUACAAUGAACAACAUUACAAACAUUGCCCAUUUCAACGACAGGUUGCACUCUCUCCCGGGCGGCGGAGUCAACGGCAAUGUCAACAAGUUAACCGUCGUAGAUGAUCAAGUGUAUAUUGCAGGUAACUUUACGCAAGCUGGCUCAACUCAAUGUCAAAACAUUGUUAUGUACGACCAUCGCCAUAAGAGAUUUGAGAAACUUGGUCAGGGUGUCGAUGGUGAGGUUUAUGAUAUGACCUACUCCCCAGACUCAAACAGGCUGUACCUAGCUGGCAAUUUCACGAACGCUCUCAUAGACGAGAGUGCCAGUGUAACAGUAGGAGGGCUAGUUUCAUGGGAUCUGAAAGACAAGUCAUGGAGAAAUGACAACGGCGUUGUGUUUUCAGAGCUGGUUAAAGGAGUUGCAGUUCAUGACAAAGAUUUACUGGUGUAUGGUACAGUGGACAGAGUAGCGAAAUUUUCUGCCAAUGGUGCAGCUAAAAUAUCCUCGAAUGGGUUGAGUAGUGUAAGUGCUACCAAUUCACUCGGAAGCACAAAAACAUCGUCGAGCAAGUCGUCAAGAAAGCGAGCAGCUCCUCAUUUGCCUUCAGCCUCAUCUGUUGCGCCCGCAAUUAAUGCGGGUAGCUACUACGAGAAUUCUACGAGUUUAUACACAAUCUUGGGCGGUAAUUUCACUUUCAAUGAUGGUCAUUCGGGUGCGGUUGCUUUAAUUGACCAAGACAGCAAUAUGCAUGCAUUAGGUGAUGGUGGUGUUUCUGGUGAUGUUCGUGCUAUGAUGGUUGUUGGUAAUAAGUUAUUCCUAGGUGGGCAGCUCAGAGCUGGCAACUCUACCGACGUGGCCAUAUAUGACCUGAAGAAAGGUGCCUUCGUCGACGUUGGAAAUGGCUUGGAAGGUACAACAUCUAGUUUCGCUUACAAUCAAAUCUAUAAUAGUGCCAUUGUUUCAGGUGACUUCAAUGCUGUGUCUGGAAAUCAAGACUGCUCGAAUAUCUGUCAAUGGGAUAUAGGUGAUGGUCAUUGGAACAGCCUUGGAAAAGGCGUGAGAGGGUUUAUUUCUGACGUAGACGUUGCUGGUGAUGACGACCAAUACGCCGUCGCAGUUGGCGAGUUUGCAAUUGACAAGGAAGGCGACCUUAUCUACAUUGCAACAUACGACUACGAGGACAAAAACUGGUCGAGAUUGGGCGAUGGUAAUUUACCUGGCAUACCCACAACAGUCAAAACCGAUGACAGGAAUAUUGACAACGUCUUUAUUGCUGGCAGGCGCACAGACAGCAAUCAGACGUACAUCUACAACUACGACGGUGAUACUUUUAGUGAUAUCUCUAAUGAUAUGUUUCAAGGGACUGGCAGAAUACAUGGGUUGGAAUUCCUCCCAGUGCAGGAGGUGGAUGAACAGGAGCAGAAGGAGCGUGAAGAAACGAUAAUGGAGAAUGACAGAAUAUUAUAUGUGACUGGUGACAUUGACUUGCGCGGCGUUGGUCGUGUGUCAUCAGUGAUGUAUGAUGGAUUGAAUUGGCAUCCUCAUCUCCAAACAUUCGGCUCAGAUGGUAGUGCAGGAUCUCUAGCAUCUAUUAUGUCCUCCUCUGACUUUUCAUUUUCUUCAAGAGACUUGCUGGCACUCGGUAUAAUUAUCCUCAUUUCUAUUGCGUUGGGAUUGGGUGUUGUCUUAUUGAUAGCACUGAUUGCGAUACUGAUAUCUUUGUGGGAACGUCGUGGAGAAUCACGUCCAAUUCUGUUGGAGAAUGACGAGAAAGAUGAGCAGGUACGGCCAUCGUCGUUGCUGGCGAAUAUAAACCAAGCUACUACCAACAUAGCUCGAGGCUCGACGACGAACGCACAAACACUUGCACCAACGCCAAUUAUUAAGCUCAACGAUCAAGACACAGGGAAAGGAAAGACAGAAGAGGUGGGUGAGAUGGAUGACAGUUUCAAUAGGUCAUAUUCCACGGGUGCAUCGACGUCAGAUAAUCCGCCUCAAAUAUCUCCAGCCGAUCUCAAUAAUGGUGUAGGGUAUAGGUGUUAUUCGAGGUAUGACUUUGCUGGUGAUCGCCAGGGUGAAAUACCUUUGAUUGUCGGUCAGCAAGUGCAGGUUCUCAAUGAUAGCGAUCAGGACUGGUUCUUUGUUCGCGACCCUGCAUCUACUCAUGAAGGUGUCGUGCCCUCUUCGUAUCUUUUCUAG